CCUUGCACUUACCGAAGAUAUGAGAAAGCUAUCCUUCCUUGUAGCAGUAACAGGUAAGUUAGAGGUACACGGAAUAGUGGUUGUGGUCCCCGUUGGAAGCUAAGUUUGAAGAACAAGAGCACUACAAAUCAUUCACUAACAACAAAAUCAAUGUCCAUUUCCUCCCAAUUCUCCACUCUCUCUCUCCCGAAAAUGAGUCUUACUACUUGCUCGUCAAACCCUCGCUCGUAUCUUAUUCGGUUAGUUCUGCAGCUGUUCUGCGCAUCAUUGCUUGUUAGUUCCCGGAAUCUUGGACGUCUACCGUACCUACAGCUCAAUAAUGGUGAUGGCCCAUAUAUAUGGCCUCUGCCUUGGCAGUACACUUCCGGCAACCAGACUUUCACCGUUGACCCCAAGCUGUCUCUGGUUACAAGCGGAAAUGGCGGCGGUUCUUUGAUUGUAUCUGAAGCCUUUGACAGAUAUAAAAGGAUGAUUUUUGAACACGCUAGUUCUGUGUCGCACAGCACUGGAGUUGACUAUGAUCUUACCAAGCUGAAUGUUGUUGUUCACUCCGGAAACGAGGAGCUUCAGCUUGGGGUUGAUGAAAGCUACACAUUGAUGGUGGCUGCAGGCGAUAAGCUUUCAAUUAUUGGGCAAAUCACAAUUGAGGCAAAUUCUAUCUUUGGCGCUUUGCGUGGCCUUGAGACAUUAAGCCAGCUAUGUGAUUUUGAUUACGGAACGAAAACUGUAAAACUGCAUAGUGCACCAUGGUACAUCCAGGAUAAGCCAAGAUUCACUUAUCGCGGACUUUUGCUUGACACGUCGAGGCACUAUUUGCCACUUGAUACAAUCAAACAAGUUAUAGAAUCUAUGUCAUACGCUAAACUUAAUGUCCUCCACUGGCACAUCAUUGAUGAAGAGUCAUUUCCACUUGAAGUGCCAACUUAUCCGAAUUUGUGGAAAGGUGCAUACACAAAAUGGGAGCGAUAUACCAUGGAUGAUGCUUCUGAAAUUGUCAAUUUCGCAAAAAUGAGAGGUAUUAAUGUUAUGGCAGAAGUUGAUGUUCCCGGGCAUGCAGAAUCAUGGGGAGCAGGAUAUCCUGAUCUUUGGCCAUCUCCUUUGUGCAGAGAGCCUUUGGAUGUCUCUAAAAACUUUACGUUUGAUUUGAUCUCCGGCUUACUUGCAGACAUGAGGAAGAUUUUUCCUUUUGAGCUUUUCCAUUUAGGUGGCGAUGAGGUCCACACGGAUUGCUGGAGCUCAACCCCACAUGUGAAGCAAUGGCUUCAAGAUCAUAACAUGACUGGUAAAGAUGCAUAUCAAUAUUUCGUACUCAGAGCUCAGGAAAUCGCAAUAUCAUUAAAUUGGACUCCAGUUAACUGGGAAGAAACCUUCAAUGCAUUUGCGACAAGUCUCAACCCCAGGACCGUGGUACAUAAUUGGUUGGGAUCCGGUGUUUGUCCAAAGGCUGUUGCUAAAGGUUUUAGAUGCAUUUUCAGUAACCAAGGUGUUUGGUAUCUUGACCACUUAGAUGUCCCCUGGGAGUCAGUCUAUUAUGCUGAGCCAUUGGAAGGGAUAACUGAUGUUUCAGAACAAAAACUUGUGCUUGGUGGGGAAGUUUGCAUGUGGGGUGAAACAGCUGAUGCCUCGAAUGUUCAACAAACAAUAUGGCCUCGAGCAGCAGCAGCAGCAGAGCGCUUAUGGAGCAACAAGGAGUCCUCAGGAAAUCCUAGAUCAAGUGUUUUGCCAAGAUUGGAGUAUUUCCGUUGUCUCUUGACUCGUCGUGGGGUUCCAGCAGCCCCAGUUAGAAAUUUUUAUGCUCGAAGGCCUCCAGGCGGUCCUGGAUCAUGCUAUGAGCAAUGAACACAAGCUGAUUGUGAACUAGGAAACUGAAAUGAUCAUUUCAUGAAAAGAGAAACAGCAAAGCCAAAAUCCAGAACAUCAAGAGGAAGAUCAGAUUAGCACUAGCCA